UAUAUUGCACUUUCAGUCUUUUCCACGUUCAUAUUACGUGAAAGUGGCAUAGAUUCUUUUAAAACAAGCAAUGUUGUUUCGACCGAAAAAAAAAAGAUGUUUCCCUUUGUCAAGGGUUUCAAGUCUCCCCACGGAAACAUUUACACGUCAAUUCCUGGCAGAGGAGAACUGGUUCUCUUCAGUAGUGUCCGGUGGGGACGACGACACAGCCUCCAACACCUUCCGCAGGAGCGACUGCCUCACCUGGGUUCGGCCCCCGGUUGCGGGCAAACCCAGAGAGUCGGGACCGCCGAGCGCGCCUCCCGGGAGGCGCCUGGCGGCGGGCGGGCUACCCCGGAGGACGCUGGGAACCGCGAGCGGAGGCUUCUACCGCGCACGCGCAAAGGCCGGGCUGCGCUACUUCGGAGCAUCUCGUCGCAGUGCGGAGACCCGCCCGCAGAGGCGAGAGGGCGAAGGUGUGUGGUACAGGCAGGGUUCCUGAGAGUGGAGGACACCUGUGCAUCUGUGAAACCUCCCAUCACAGUUUCCAGCAGUUUCCUCGUCAAAGUGGACAAGCCAAGGCAGGACUCUCUGCCUUGUGGGCUGCACCAGAGUUCUCCAGAAAGGAACACUGAAGCCAUCAUGCUCCAGCAGCUCCUGAUCACCCUGCCCACCGAGGCCAGCACCUGGGUGAAGUUGCACCAUCCAGAGAAGGCCAAAGAGGGGGCACCCGUGUGGGAGGAUGUGAUGAAGAUAUUUGAAGAAGCUCUGCCAUCGCAGGAUGCUGAUGAGACCCAGAGAGAAUGUUUUGAGGAUGAGGUGACCUCUGGGUCCCUAACAGCAGAACCCCAGGAACUGUUGACCUUCAAGGACAUAUGUGUGGACUUCACCCAGGAGGAGUGGAAGCAGCUGGCCCCUUCUCACCGGAAUCUGUACCGGGAGGUGAUGCUGGAGAACUAUGGGCACCUGGUCUCAGUGGGAUGUCAGCUUUCCAAACCUGGUGUGAUUUCCCAGUUGGAGAAAGGAGAGGAGCCAUGGCUGACGGAGAGAGAGGUUUCAGGAGGUCCGAGUCCAGACUUGGAGAGCAAAACAGAAACCAAAGGGUCAACUUUAAAGAAUGACAUUUCAUGGGAAGAAUUACACCAUGGCUUGAUGAUGGAAAGGUCCACAAGAGGAAGCACCUUGAUUUCCACAUUGGGAAGAGUCUCCAAAUGUCAUAAGUUAGAAAACCACCAGGAGAACCAAGGAAUGGGUGAGGGGCAAAUCCCCUUGAUCCACAAGAAAACACUCACUCAGGAGAGAGGCCAAGAACCUAACAAAUUUGAGAAAAGUAUUAAUGUGAGCUCAAAAGUUGUUCCCGGACCAAUAGGUCCUUCAAGAAGAAGACACUGUAAAUAUGACCUAUCUGGAAAGAAAAAUAGAUACAAUUUAGAUUUGAUUAAUCAUUCAAGGAGUUAUACAAGGAUGAAAACCUUUGAAUGUAGUAUUUGUGAAAAAAUCUUCAAACAGCUCAUUCAUCUUACAGAACAUAUGAGAAUUCAUACUGGAGAGAAACCUUUCAGAUGCAAGGAGUGUGGAAAAGCCUUUAGCCAGAGUUCAUCCCUUAUUCCACAUCAGAGAAUCCACACUGGUGAGAAACCCUACGAGUGUAAGGAAUGCGGGAAAACCUUCAGACAUCCAUCAUCUCUUACUCAACAUGUUAGAAUUCAUACUGGGGAGAAGCCCUAUGAAUGUGGUGUAUGUGAGAAAGCAUUCAGCCAGAGCAUUGGGCUGAUCCAGCAUCUGAGAACUCAUGUCAGAGAGAAGACUUUUACAUGCAAAGACUGUGGAAAAGCAUUUUUUCAGAUUAGACACCUUAGGCAACAUGAGAUUAUUCAUAGUGGUGUGAAACCUUAUAUUUGUAAUGUGUGCAGUAAAACCUUCAGUCACAGCACAUACCUAACUCAGCACCAGAGAACUCAUACUGGGGAAAGACCAUAUAAAUGUAAGGAAUGUGGGAAAGCCUUUAGCCAGAGAAUACAUCUUUCUAUCCAUCAAAGAGUCCAUACUGGAGUGAAGCCUUAUGAAUGCAGUCAUUGUGGGAAAGCCUUUAGGCAUGAUUCAUCCUUUGCCAAACAUCAGAGGAUUCAUACUGGAGAAAAACCGUAUGAUUGUAAUGAAUGUGGAAAAGCCUUCAGCUGUAGUUCAUCACUUAUUCGACACUGCAAAACACAUUUAAGAAAUACCUUCAGCAAUGAUGUAUGAAAUAUGUUCAACAUCAGAAAAUCCCCAAAUUGGAGUAAAAGCCUCUAAAUCAGUGGUUUUCUGACUUUUGGAUUUCAAGAACCAAUAAUUAUUUUUACUGAUUUGAUCCGCUAUUACAACUUUUAAAUUUUGCCACAUUUUUUUAGAAAAGAUUUUGCCAGCAUUGUUUCAGAAAAGAAAGGGCAUUGUAAUACUUAAAACUAUAGGAAAGAUAUAAUCAUGGAGAACUGUCCUUUACACUGAAUUAAAUCAGCUUUAUGAAAAUCUC